AUGAAGUUGUUGGCAGCGAUUAUCCUGCUUGCGAGCAUGACGAGAGCUCUGUCCCUGGUGGCGGCCUCGAUACAAGUGAAGCGUGUACCCAUUGACAUGAUCCAGCUGAACGAUGCAGAUUGUACUGACGGCGGACGGUUUCUAAGAGGCUACCGAUUUGAUGAUAAAAACAACAGAAUAUACACACACAACGCGAUCAACGAAGACAGAGAAUACCAGAGUACAGCGAAUGUGGUCAGCUCAAAACUCGUCGCUAAGCUCCUUACAACAUGGAAAACAAUGACCGACAAGGACUUUCAGAAUCUGCAGUUGUUUCUGAACAAGGAAACUACCUUAGAGAAGCUCUACAGAAAGGGAGCAACGCCAUUCAAACUUUUUACCGGCAUUAAUCGCAAUGGCAUCCCCAAUGAAGGUGCGAUUCGUGCAAGGUGGGAGAAAUAUUUUGAUUUCUGGGUAGCGAAGAAAAACGCAGCUCUUCCAAAAUAA